AUGGGUUCCGGUUCAAGUCGUAAGAAAAAAGUCGACAGACAAACUCAAGUUUCAUCAGCACCAACAAGAGAUAGAAGCCGAACUCCUUCACCUCCAUUGGUAAUAAGAAAUACACAUCAUAGUCAAAGACCACGUUCAUCUCAUCCAUCACCAUGGUUAUCGAAAACACAUACACAAAGUUUACUAUCAAAUUCAAAUUUAGGACAAUACGAAUCAAUAUGGGAACGAGAUGGAAAGUUAUCAUCAAAAUUUCAAGAAUUAAUUAAAUCCGGCUUAACAACUAUUGAACAUGAUCAAAAAGAAACGCAUCACAAAGAAUUAGUAACAACACAUUCAAGUAAAUAUGAAUCAGCUGAAGUUCAAUCAACAUUAACAAGUCAAUUUGACUCAAUUCAUAAUUUAUCAACAUCAGAAAGAUUAGAUACAUUAAUGGUUAAUUUAAAACAAACUCAUGCAAAUUUUGAUGAAAUAGUUCAACAUCGAAUUCAACAAGUAACAUUAGAGACAGAAUCACUUCUUGCACGAAUUGUUAAAGAAACUGAAAAACUUCAACAAGAUUUAUUAAUUCAAGCUAAAGAACAACAAACUAUUGAAGAUGAACAAUACAGAUUAUUAUUAGAAGAAUUUAUUGCCAAAUUAGAUGAAAAAAGAGCUAAACAAUUAGCUUUUAUACAAGAACAACUUAAACAACAACGUUUACAAAUAUUUAAUGACUCUCAAAUUAGAAUUCGUGCUGUUAGUGAACAAGCAAAUUUAGUUAAAAAUCAAAUUAUGUCCGAAGAAGAAAGAAAAGCUUCAGAAAAAGUUGAUUCUAUUGUUAAUGAAAUAAAUUCUACAUCAACUGAUUCAGCAAUUCAACAGAUGAGUACACAAAUAAAAACACAAAUUAAUUUAACUGUUUAUGAAAAAGUUGGCUCGAAUAAAUCUGAAAAUGAUGUUCAUAGUGAUGAAAAUGAUCAAAAAAUAGUUAUAAAAAGAACAAAAGUUAUUUCUAUUCAAGCUUAA